GCAAAGAAUCUGUUGGUCAAGUUCAUUGAGAAGAUUUCCCACUAUGACAUCCUCCCCAAUUACGGCAUUAUUACCUUUGCAACAGAGAGCAGAGACAUUGUGAAUGUAAUCAACCCACGCAACAGCGAUGCCACCUGGGUGUCUGAGCAGCUGAAUCACACUUCUUUUGAUGACCAUCAGCAGAAGCCUGGAACCAAUCUCAGGAAAGGCCUGGAAGCUGUCUAUGAGAUGAUGAUCCUUCACCAAGCCAAAGAGAAGCAGCAGGGGCUGAAUCCCACUCCUGUCACCUCCACAACAAAGCAUGUCAUUAUCCUCCUCACCGAUGGCAAGUACAACAUGGGAGGCUGCCCAGCUGCUGUGAUUGAGAAGAUUAAGGAAUUCCUCAAAAUUGGGAAAUCUCCCCAAAACCCUCGAGAUAAUUAUUUGGAUAUUUUCAUCUUUGGUAGUGGGAACAUCAUCAACAUAGAAACCAUUAAUGAGUUGGCUUCCCACAAACCCAAUGAAAGACACAGCUUCCUAUUCAAGGACUUGGAUGAUGCGCAGGAGGCUUUUCAGGAAUCAAUUGGUGAUGGUGAGUUUUUGCCUACGUGUGGUUUCUCCCCGGGCCAGGAAGCACCGGAUGACUAUCACAAGUUCCCCUGGUUCACUGGAGUCAAUGUCAAUGAUCCAGCGCAAACCAAGUGCAAAGGUGUCAUUGUUUCUGAGCGUUAUGUCCUGACAGCUGCCCACUGCUUCACGAGGAUUAAUCGGGCUGAAGAUAUCGUUGUCAUGCUUGGCACUACCCAGAAUGCAGUAGCUGAAUUCCGGCGCCACCCAGAGUAUGAUAAACAGAAACUACAAAGCAAGGGCAUCCAGGAUUUCUAUGAUUAUGAUGCUGCUCUGGUCAAACUUGCUGCAAAGAACCUGCCACCUUUUGCAAGGCCAAUAUGUCUACCAUGUACAGCAGAAACCACUCGGGCUCUCAGAAAGCCACAUCCACAGACCACCUGUAAGGAUCAUGAGGAAGAACUCCUGUACGAUGGGAAUAUUCCAUCCUUCUACAUAACCAACUGUGAAUAUAACACCACCUCGCUGUCUGGGUUGCGUAAGAGACGUGUGUGGAUCAAGAAUGGGGGAAAGAAAAUUGCCUGCCACAGCGAUGCCAAGAAAGCCACCCUCUAUGAGAAGAUCACAAAUGUCUCGGAGGUGGUGACAGAUCGCUUCCUUUGCACAGGGGGCACCGAUCCCGAGGUGGACCCCAACAUUUGUGAAUAUGAUGCUGGCGGUCCCCUCCUCACUCAGCGGAGGCAGCGGUCCAUUCAGUUGGGCGUGGUCAGCUGGAGUGUGGUUGAUGCUUGCAGAGGCGGCUCUUCAUUAUUAU